CAAAACGAAUCAAAACAUUUGGUAUACAUUCUUUUCAAUGACUUUCUCUUGAGUUAAUCACUCAGAUUGGAUACAUAUUUGUUGUGUUCGAUAGUUUAGACGCUAAAUAAAACCUUGUUCAUCGAAAUAUUGGUGAAAAUACAAUGCAAUAAAUUCAAACUUCUAUUUGUCAGUCUGACAUGCCCAGUAGCAGCAGGAUAUCGCAAGCGAGCAGAUAUUGUAUUUCUCCCGCUGCGAAUAAUCGUUGAUUACGUCUCACUUUGUGUAUAAUUGUGCGUGUAAGUUUCACGGGGCGCCGCGCAGGUCGUGGAAGUGAACUUUACCGCUUUUAUUUCGUGUCCGUACGGUCCGUACUGUCCGUUUGUUCGUCGUGAAAAUUGUGUGUACCGAUAGCAUUGUAUACUUUUGUUGACGUUUGUUGAGCCACUAGCGCUGGUGCGGCUACAUCGCCGUACACAAGUGUUCGAACGUUUUGUUCGCGUUAAUUUUGUUUUGUGGACAAUUUAUCAAUUGUUUUUUUUAAUUGUUCAACCGCCGGGAAAUAAAACGCGAGUGAGGUGAGAAGCCGCGUCGGUGACGUCAUUGGGGUAGGGAUUCCUCCGUAGCGUGUUUUUUGUGCGUCGUAAAAAUUCACUGUUAUUGGAUAAGCGGCUGCUGAACCGCCGUAAUGGCGGGUGUCCCCGGCCCCGCACCUAGUGUGUGGGGCGUCAAUGGCGGGAUAAAUCACCGCACAAUCGACGGUAGCUUUUCGGGUGCGACUUUACCAACAUACAUAGACCCCGGCGGUAAUCACGGAGAACUGAUGGUGCUACGAAUCACUGGCGUGGACAACGACGGCAAAGAUAAGGCGCUCCCUACCGCACCAUUCAUGAUUCGCAAGUCAAUAGAGGACUGGGCUGGAAAAAUUGAAGGUGCAUUCCCCGAAGGUGGCAGUGCGGCAUACGCACUAAAGGUACGUGACAAGAAACAGGCAGAGAGACUUCUGGAUUUGACCAAUCUAGCGGACGGAACAAAAGUGAGGGUUACGUACCACCAGUACCUCAAUUUUUCUAAGUGCGUCGUAAGUUGCGGGCAGACAGUCAACAUGUCCGAGGAGCAAAUUGUGAGCUACCUCCAGGAUCAAAAGGUUACAGUGGCGAGGAGAAUAAAGCGACGAACUGGCCCGACCACUUUCGAGAAUACUCCGACGAUAAUACUGACUGUAAGCGGUACCCAAACUCCCGAAUUCAUUGAUUUUGGAUAUCUGCGUGUCAGAACGAGACCCUACUAUCCGUCGCCCAUGAAAUGCUUCAAAUGCUGGGCGUUCGGUCAUACUAAACUCAAAUGCAGGCAAGACACACCAACAUGUGGGAAUUGUUCAGAAAAACACGUGAUUCCGGCGGAGGGUCCCAAAUGCGAACGGUCAUUGUUCUGUAUAAAGUGUGGGUCGAAUGAACACAGUCUUGCAUCCCGUUCCUGUCCUGAAUAUCUGAAAGAAAACAGCAUUCAGAGAUUAAAAGUAGACCGCGACAUCGAUUACAGGGCCGCACGAAUAAUUUUCGAGGCAGAAAAUGGUCGAUCAAAAAGCUACGCCGGUGUCACUAGAGAGGGGUUUGUGUGCGCACACUUUUGUUUCAGGGUACUCACGAAUCGAACGAUGACGUUGCAGCACCGGUGAUGGAACGAUGGAGCAGCGUGAUGUUUGCUGAUGCGCUAGCACAGUGUUCCGCUCACCGACGUGAGUUUUCGGGAAUCUCGCUGGCGUUGGCAGUCUUUUCCCUUGACUGAGGCAAAAACCACGGUGGAGUGUUGCCGCUUGUAGCGUACGGCAGCCGUGGGACCGAGCUUCCUCACCGAUGACCAACGCACUCCAGAAUGGCCUAUAGUAGUACGCAACUACGAGGCGAUAGGCCACUCCGGGGGAUUCUACCGACGCACCGAUUCACAAUGAUAAAUUGAAUAUACUCCGGACGCGGAGCCACAAGGCUACAUAAAUUAAUGGUGUCAUUAAUGCCCUGUCUACUACCGAAAAUACAUAUUUUAUUUUUAGUUUUAAAUUUACCUCCGUUCCCUUGGUGCGCAAAAACUGCUGCAACCGUAUUUCUUGUAGAAUUGUUCUACAAUAAUCCUAUUCACAAAUAAAAUUAAAAUUACACAAAAAACUUAUUGUCUAAUUCUAUAAAUGACUCACUUCUAUUGUUUUUUUUAAUUCCACACAAACUCACGAUUUUUAUUAAAAAAAAAACUCCGAAAAUUUCUGGAAUAGGAAUUUCUAAUUAAAUCACAAAACUUUACUUGACUAAAUAUUAUCUCACCAAAACAACUAUUGAAAUUUAACACUCCAAGAAUCAACUGAUUCGCUCGGCGGCUCAGAAGGAAAAGAUCGAGUCGGUUUUGUUUCGUGAAUUCGAAACCUAUCGAAUAUUCUAGAAUACUUUUUCCUGUCCUUUUUUCUUACUGCUUCCGGUUUCACGAAUAUUGUUCGUGACUUAAUUCCCGCCGCGUCAUUUUUUGAAUAUGGAGUCUACAUCGAUUUAUCACUUAAGUCUGAUUCCAAUAGGUUGUCUACUACUAGGCGUUAAAUCUACUUAAACUCUAUUUGAAACGACUAUGCUCGUUUCAUCACUCCCUACU